GCACGGAUAUAUCGAGCGCCGACUUCCUAAAGUUUUUUCACUUGCAACGGAGACGAUCGGAAAAUGGCGCUCAAGAGAAGCAGGGCUCAUCAGCAGAGCAGGGCACAACGAAAAGCAGCCAGGGACAAGAUGCAGGUUCUGCAGGUUGAGGUCAAGGAGGAGGAGGCUGUACAUUGGGACUAUGAUUAUGCUGAGGAUAGUGAUGUCUCAUUUGAGAUCAAGAGGAAGAGGCAAAUGGUAACCGAGCCCUAUGAAUUCAGCAGGGAACAAGAGGGGGAACUGGUAGAUUGGUAUCGGGACAACCCUGAGCUGUACGACAAAAACCACAGGCAGUUUAGGAAUACAAAGCGAAGGUUCAUGAUGCUUGAGGACAAGGCAAAGGAGUUCCCUGGCUGCACGUGCGACCAACUGUGCCAAUUCUACAAGAGCCAGAGGACAAGGUACGGCAGGCUGACGCGCAGUUUGCACAAGUCUGGCUCGGGCACUAGAUUUGUGACCGAGAGGCAGCAGUGGAUAGUGGAAAAAUGGGGGUUUAUAAAUGACCAUAUCGUUCGAGUGGAGAAGAAGCAGAGCACCAGGAAGUUUAACAAGGAGAGACCACAGCGUGCCAUCUCCAGUGAGGAUGAGCUUGAUCCUCAUGAGGGACCCUCUGGAUCCACCACCCCGACCAGCCAGGAACGCAGCACGAGGAAGCAGACCAUUGUCAUCCCCAUUGCAGGCUGCAGCACAACUGCGGCUGAGGAAGAAGAGUCUAGACAGGCUAGUCAGCGGGAGAUGAUCAAAGAAAUCGUGCAACAGGCAAAGGCAACAACAGACACCAUGAUCACUAUGACACAGCCAAAGACAUCACACGAGAGGAUAGUUGAAACCUUCUCAGCGUUCUUAACACAAGAGAUGCUCCUCAUUCCUGAAAGCGAGUGGGUUAGCUUCUCCAUGGAGGCCUUUGCCUUGGCAAGGGCCCACAGAUUCCCUCAGCCGCAUUGAUGGGACCACAGCACACGGCGUACCCACCGAUGGCAAGCGCACCCAACAUCAGGGCACCAGCUCAACGCCACAUCAGGCAGCAACGACUUCCAUGGACAAUACCAAGCAGCUUCCAAGAAGAGCCUAUCAGGGAAGCCCAGCUGGACCCCAGGAAUACACCCAUCACCAUUUCCAGCCAGAUUAGAGAGUCAGGACUCAAGUUUGAACUUGAGUCUGAAUCUCACUGAUCAUUUGGCUGAAGAUAGCCGGGGGCAAAGUUCCCAUAAAGAAUGAACAGCACAAAAGUACAUAAAUGUACAUUAGAAAGAACAUUAUUUCUUCUUCUUUCUAAUGUGGGGAAAAAAAAUAGAUUCAGAUUCAGAUUCAAUUUUAAUUGUCAUUGUCAGUGUAUAGUACAGAGACAACGGAAUGCAUUAGCAUAAAUGCAAAUAGAUCUUUUGUUGACUAGUGUUAUAGUUCAAAAAUUUUGCUUAAGUAUGAUGUUACUUUUGUGGAAGUUAAAUCUUUCUUGUUAAAUGAAUUGUUGUUUUUCAAUAUGCUGGCAUUAAAUAAACAAUUUAUUUCUUUAAAAGUUAUUGCUCUUUAUAUUUAUUGUAGAUGAGUUUAUUUCCACCGUGAUUAUUAUACUUCAGUGUAACCUUUUUGUGUUGUGAGAAAUGCUGUUUGAUCGACUAUCAAUAAAAUUCUCGACAUUUCUAUGCAAA